AUGAUGUCCACCGUGGUUUCGCUAGUAGAGAGCAUGCUUUUCACGGCGAUUUUGACGUUACUGGUUCUAUGUUGGCUAUGCGAAAAAAAUACAAACAUUGCCGUCCUCGUAUGGAACGCAAUCGUUCUAAUAAGGUACGCGCGUGUAUCCGAAAAACCGUUUUAUGUUGUUUUUUGUCCGUUUUAAAAUUAGUAAUCGGUGACUUACAUCUGGCGAGUAUAUGCCAAUAGAAAAUCGCCCCUCGUCACCGUAACUCGUCGGCGAAUAAAGCCGACGAUCGUGGCCCGCCUUUGCCGUCAUCCGCCGGUUGUAUUCCAGUGAGUAAUAUACGUGAAAAAUAUCGUUUCCCGUGUACGCGGCUGAACUGGAUUUUUAUUCGGAUUUUAAUAGCCCGGUGUAGGUACCUACAGUUUUAUUCGCUGACGAACGGUGCGUGUAAAUUCGCCAAACGUUAUCCGACGUGGCUGCAAAAUGCAGACAUAGGCGAUAUUGUACGGAUAUUUUUUUUCUAUGUUAACUGUCUAGGCAUAUAAUAUUCAUUUUUUUUUGGUAUCUAAUGACCGAUUCAUCAUCGCUCGACCCGUACCGCCACGGGGUCUAGAAUCUCGAAAUUCAGCACGGAAGUUUAUUAUAUUUUGUACAACGAUAAUAUACGGGCAACUGUACACUAUAUGGUAUAGAAACUACAAAGGAUUUUUAAAAAUUCGACCAUCGAUGACCGGCACACGCACAUACGUUUUAUUCCUUAAAUCACGGAAAUCGCGUUUUAUCUUUAUUCUCUUUAUUUCUGAAUUCUAUCUUUUAUGCAUGUGAGAAGAAAAGUGUACGGUGUUCAUUUUGUUACAUUUUUGAAUUCAAAAGUCAUAAAAUAAUCUACUGGCGUGAAAUUUGUCACUGGCAAGACCGUUGCCUUCAAACCAUACCUAUGGAAGUAAAAUACUAUUCGAAAUUUCGAUGAUCCGACGAGAAACAAACGGUUAUUAAUGAUAUUACCCCGAAAAAAUAUAGCGUCAUUAAAAUAUAUGUUAUAAAAUACAGAAAUAUAUAUUGUUUUUUGGUCUAAUAUCCUUCUGUGUUACACGAGAGAAAAACUCAAAUUUAAUUUCUAAUAUAAAAUGAAAACUUGCACAUGUUUUUAAACGGAUAAUUCGAUCUGUAUUUUCCGGAGUAUACGUUGAAAAUACCUGCUCGAUUUGUGUCUUUACUAAUUACAUUUAUUAUGAUAUAUUUGGUGUGUUAGAAAUUAUUGUAAUACCUAUUAGAUUAAUGAGUUUUAAAUUUAAUUACAGACACGCCUGGCAAUUUAUAGUAAAAGAUAUGUACACGUUGUUUAAAAAUGAGUAUCCAGUCGACGAUAAACCUGAUUUAGCGGUAUCUUCCAGUAAUCAAUCUGGUGAUCACACUUCGUGUCCCAUGGCGGCUGACCUCGUUUCACAGUCGUUCCCCCUUUGCCACUUUCCAUUUUCACAGGGAGGAGAAAAUACCGCCCAGGAACUCGGUAAAUAUACAUUCUAAGAUCGACUUCUCUAUAAACACUCUGACAAAUACAACCUAUCUCCUACUAUAUUAUUUUUGAUUUCAUGUAGAAGAAGUCAUAAGAAACAUGCAAGUUGUUGAUUUGACAAUAAAAAGAGUACAACCAGUCGAAAAUAGCAUAAACUAUUUGCAGUUUAUUUAUUUUGGUUUGAACUUGGAAAAAGGAAUAUUAUCGAUAUUUCUCGUACGUAUUUAAUUUUGAUUUGAGUUUAUAUUUUUUUCAUCUUAUGUUGCAAUUAAACUUAUUUUCACUACUUUUGACCAAUAUUUAAUAUUUAAUAAAAUAUAAUGUAUGUUACAUUGAGACUUUAUAGUAUUGUAAUUUAAAAGAAUUAAAUUGUUUUAACAUUUUGCAGGAAAUGUUUGAGUAUGUUGAUUCUCAUAUUCUUGAUCAGUUCGAUUGCUGGUAUUAUCGCAUUGACGAUUGGGAAUUGGAAAUUGUUGGGAUACUUAAUGGGGAAUCAAUUGUUCUUGAAAUGAGACUGUAAGUGGUUUUUUAAGGUUUUAGUAUAAAUUAUUACACUUAUCAGUUAAAUUGUAUAAUAUGCGUUUUUUUUUUUUUUAAAUUUAAUUAUAGACACGUUUGUGAAGUGAUAAUAAAUAACGGACGUUCUAAUGAACCGGACGUCAAAGAACCAGAGUCAACGGAUUCUUCCGGUUAUAAGGCUUGUGAUCAAGCUUCGAAUUCUUCGAUGGCUGACCUCAUUUCACCGUCGUAUCCCCUAAACGUUUGGUCUUCGGAGACAGGAGAUAAUCCCGCCCAAAUUAUCGGUACAUAUAUAUUCUGGGAUAGACUUCUGUAUAAAAAUUAUGACGAAUACCCACCCGCCUCCUAAUAAAUUAUUGUUGAAUUGAUGUAGAUUCGGAUGGGGAAGAACCCGAGUCAACGGACUCUUCCGGUAAUCAGAGUUGUGAUCAAGCUUCGAGUUCUUCGAAGGAUGACCUCGCUUCACCGUCGUUCCCACUUUACGUUUGGCCCUCAGAGACAGGAGAUAAAGCCGCCCAAAUUAUUGGUACAUAUAUAUUCUAGGAUAGACUUCUGUAUAAAAACUAUGACAAAUACCUACCUGCCUUCUUAUAAAUUAUUGUUGAUUUGAUGUAGACGAAUCCUGCAUGGAGGCAAUAAUUCGAGUGGUCANGAAAAAUAUAAUAUAUAUGUUAAAAUGUGAUUAUAGUUAUGUAAUUUAAAAAAUUUAAUUAUUUUAACAUUUCGCAGCAAAUGUAUAGGCGUAUAUAUUGUCAUUUGCAUGAUCAGUUAGUAUGGUGGUACAAUCGUAAAUGCCAUUCGGAAUUAGAGAUUGUCGGUAAACUCUAUGGAGGGUUUAUAGUCCUAGGAAUGAGACUGUAAGUGGUUUUCUAAAAUUUCUGUAUGAAUAAUUACAUUUAUAAGUUAAAUUACAGAAUAUGUGUUUUUUAGCAAUUUACCGGACGAAUGGAAGCCAAGUGCUAGAAUGGUAUUAAACCAUUUAGAAAAUGAUGAUAGUCAAUAUUUAAACUUCGCCAGAUCCGCUUUCAAACAGUUGAAUCAAGAUUUACCGAAGAAGUAUUCACAUCUAAUCAAGGUGUGUUAAAAAAAUAAAAAUUACUGUAAUGUAUUAUUUUAUACUUAUACAAUUUCUUAGAAUACUUAAUCGAAUUAAUAUUCGAUUCACAGUUCAAACAAUAUACCAAAUAAUAAUAUAGUAGGCAAUGGAAUAGCCAAUAAGUUUCGCAAAUUAUCAUUUUCUUAUCAGAAAUUCGCGAUGUUUACAAAACUCAGAUAAAAAUUACUUAAUGAUCACUACCACCAUAUUAGGCUCUUUAAAAAUGGUGGUGGGUAACACGUGCAUCACACAAAUANAUUUCUUAGAAUACUUAAUCGAAUUAAUAUUCGAUUCACAGAUCAAACAAUAAAGCAAAUAAUAAUAUAGUAGGCAAUGGAAUAGCCAAUAAGUAUCGCAAAUUAUCAUUUUCUUAUCAGAAAAUCGCGAUGUUUACAAAACUAAGAUAAGAAUUACUUAAUGAUCACUUCCACCAUAUUAUGCUCUUAAAAUAUGGUGGUAGGCAACACGAUUUUUGAGAUUUUUGUACGGCGAAAUGAUUCUCGUGAUACACUCUUACUUAUAUACUUUGCUACUGAAAAAUAUGCAUGUCAGGAGACUGCAGGCGUUGGUUCUGGUGAAUUUUUACAAUAUAAUAUGUACCAAACAUAUCGUAGGUAUAGGUAGCUAACAAUAAGUAAUAAAAUGUCAAAAAUAAAAUAGUCUAUCAACAAAUAAAUAACCAUUUUUCGUUAAUGAUACUAUACAAAUUAUCUCACAAACGAUAUUAUUAUAACCAAACUUACCUAAUAUUUAAUGUACUUACUUAUAUUUUCAGAAUAUGAUCGAUAAGCCACGGAUAACAACCACACAAAAAAAGAAGCCUAUCGUCUUGCCAUCCUAUGCUUAUAGCUAUGAGUAUUUGUGA